AUGGAUGAGGCAGGCAUGGAGGUCCCCAACAGGGGGUCACUGUCGAGCGCCAAGGCCCCCCAAGUCAGUGGGGUUAGGGUUCAGCUGGAGAUGCAUGCACUUUGGCAGCAGUUUGACCAGCUGGGCACAGAGAUGAUUGUUACCAAAGCAGGAAGGAGGAUGUUUCCAACAUUCCAGGUGCAAAUCUCUGGGAUGGAUCCUGCUGCUGAAUAUGUCCUGCUCAUGGACUUUAUCCCUGUUGACGAUAAAAGAUACAGAUAUGCGUUCCACAGCUCAUCCUGGUUGGUGGCAGGGAGAGCUGAUGUUGUAGCCCCAAGUAGGAUGCAUUUCCACCCAGACUCACCUGCCUGUGGAGCCCAGUGGAUGAAGCAGACCGUAUCCUUCGACACUCUCAAGCUCACCAACAACCUGCUGGAUGACAACGGACAUAUGAUACUGAACUCCAUGCAUCGCUACCAACCACGCUUCCACGUCGUGUAUGUGGAUUCAACUCCCAACAGCCACUUGAAUGCAUACAGGAACUUCAGUUCUUUUUCCUUCCCUGAGACACGCUUUAUGGCUGUCACUGCCUAUCAGAACCACAGGAUCACCCAACUAAAAAUUGCUAGCAACCCAUUUGCUAAAGGCUUCAGGACUACAGACCCCCAGGACCGACACCUAGCAGUGUGGUGUCCACCAGAGGGCAGAGCUGAGCCCCUCAUCACCAAGCCUGGAGAGCAGAGAAGCUGGGGCUCAAAGCCUUCAACAGGACAGGAGGAUCCAGGCCCAUUGUUGGUGGAGCAGUGUGGACUGUUCCAUCACUGUAAAGACUCUGUGGGACUCAACGAGGAGAGAGGAGACGGCCACACUCUGAAGGAUGCAGCGGGGUGGAUGGAGGAGGAGGAGGAGGUGAAAGACUGGAAGGCGGAGAACAGUAUGAACGGGUCGGGAAAGCUGAAGGAUGCGGAUUACGGUAGCCCGCCGGCCAGCCUGUCUACCAACGAUGGACUCGUUCCUUUAAAACAAGGAUACUGGAUGUCAAACUGA